AUGGCUUCCGGUCUCAUUUUCGACCCCACUGCCCUCCUCAGGGCUGCCCCCCUAGCCUCCAGCACCGGGACCGUCGCCCACGCCGUCCUCGAGCUCUUCGCCUUCUCAUCCUUCGUCCAACCGCACACGCGCAAAGAUGCGGACGGCCUGCUCCCCCGCGUCUUCCCUUACAUCUUCAACCGCUCUGUCUGCACCGUCGUUGCCCUCAACCUGACGACCGUCGUCUCUUCCAUUGCUAAUAUCCGAUCCCUGACCCACCGAUCGCCGUGGCCGCUCUCCCGCUCCACUUUCUACUGGGCGGGCUUGGUCGCCGCUAUCGGACACAUGUUGUUUGUUCCCCUGGUCGCAACCCCCGUGCAGCGCAUCUUCGAGAAGUCGGACGAAGAUGGACAGUCAUCGAGGGAUAUGGAGCGGUGGUUGGCUAUUCACCGUGUGCGCAUGCUCGUUGCGGACUUGCCGGGUUGGUUGGCGUUUGUGGGGGCCGUUCUCGUUGUAUAA